AAUUUCGAAGACUUCUCCAAGACUGUGACCGUUAAGCCCUUGCAAAAUCACCAAAGCACAGAGCAUGGUGAUAACUCUGGGAACAACACAUUCAUCGCAAUAAUAUCUACAAAUAACCCCUCAAAAACCCCCCAUUUUGCACUUAAAUCCAAUGGCAUACUAUUCAAUCUCGCUAGCAAAAUCACUUCAAACCCAUCUUCACAAAAACCCCAUCACUCCAAACCAAUCUUUUUCUUGUUCUACAGCUGUUUCUUGGCCUUUCAAGAAAGCCCCUUUUGGUGCCCUGAAGGCUAGGGGAGGUAAUCAAGAAGCUUAUGGGUCUGAAAUGUUGAGAAAGCCUGUGACUUCACAGGGGAAAGAGGGGGAGUCAAGAAGGGAGCUUGAUGAUGAUGAGGAGGAGGAGGAGGAGGAGGAGAAAGAGGAGGAUUUUGUGGAUUGGGAAGAUCAGAUUUUGGAGGAUACGGUUCCGCUUGUCGGGUUUGUUAGGAUGAUUCUUCACUCCGGCAAAUAUGAAAGUGGUGAUCGGUUAAGUCCAGAGCAUGAGGAAACUAUCCUGGAAAGGUUGCUUCCAUACCAUCCAGAGUGUGAUAAGAAGAUUGGAAGUGGUGUUGAUUACAUAACAGUUGGGUAUCAUCCUGAUUUCGAAAGCUCUCGCUGUCUGUUCAUAGUCCAGAAGGAUGGCAAACUGGUAGACUUCUCUUACUGGAAAUGCUUGAAAGGGUUAAUACGGAAAAAAUAUCCACUGUAUGCCGACAGCUUUAUUCUUAGGCAUUUUAGGCAGCGCAGGCGUAGUUAACUGGCCCGCCUUAAGUUCUUAGAAGUCUGCUAUUGUAUUCCCAGUCCAUUCUUGCCAUAUAUUUUGUGUACAACUAUUUUGUGCUUAAAGCAUCCCAUCUAGAUGUAGUCUGGAAAGUCUAUACACAAGGAAAUUUGGAAAAGGAGAUAAUGGAAUCUGUAUUUAUGUGAAUUGCAAUUACAGCUCUA